AUGCUGCGCUCGCCGCUUCUGGGGCUUCUCGCCGCCGUAGGUGCGGCCGCCGCGGGCUCUGCCAUCGGAGCUAUCGUACUGCUCCUUUGGGCGAUCUACUGCAGCUACCAAUGGUGGCAGGGGCUGGUAGUCUACAUCGAUGGUGCUCCCGUUCUCGGCAAACCUCGGCAGACACCGCAUCUUCCCGCCCCUGCACGCAAGGCACCCAAGGACCAUUCAACCAAUUCAACCCAGACGCCCCAGCGACGAGGACGCCGGGAGGAGAAGCGCCCACUGUCCGAAGGCUUUCGGACCCCUCGUUCUGAGAGUGUGGAGGGGCUGGAUCCGAUCGUGGAGUGGGCGCCCUUCGCGCCUUCAUUCCCGCUGGGCGAGCCCCCAGAAGAUCUGCAAAGCCGCCGUUUGGCAGACACGCCUUUCGCCCAAAUACCCGAGGGCGCCGUUCAACCAUACUGGCUCCAAUGUGAUGCCUGUGUCUUCGAUGUGCGCAGUGUCGGCUACAAGCAGACACGUGAGAAGGUGGCUUCUCAACCAGCUUUGUACCAGUGCGUCGGCAUGGACAUUGUGCGCGACCACAAGAGGAUCGACUGCAUCCUCGACCGCUUCUUGGACGUGGCCUUGCCGCCGGAUCUGCCUGGCGCGGUAGAGUGGAGCACGGCUUGGGCAGUACCUCGCGUGCUCAUCUUCAACUGCCAGGUCCCCUACACAGCCGGCCGCCUUUUUGGCUCCCAUCCAGAAGAAGAUGGUGGGUUGAGUAUUCUCAACUACUUCGUCAUUUCUCAACAGACAGCCUCACUCCUGGCAGAGGGGCUUCCGACUCCGGCGCUGCGCCUGCUCCAGCGCUUCGUCGAGGAGGGAGUGUCCACUAAGGAGGGCAUCUCACUGAAGGUGGUUGGUAGAGUUGAAGACCUGGACAAGCACCAGGUGCCAGAGUCUUUCAAGCGCUUCAACAACAAGCCCGUGCUGCUGACAAGAAGCUCAACGGUCUACACAAAGUAUCUUCCCGAAGUGCUGGAGAUUGAUUUCGAUGUACGGUCGUGGAACUACCCGACUCGCACGGCGAUGACUGCGUACCAACAUCGUGCCCGCGAGGCUGAGGUCGAAAUUGGAUACCUCCUGGAGGGCAAGGUGGACGAGGAGUUGCCGGAGCAGAUUCUGGGAUGCUUCACAGUCAACAACAUGGACAUUAUGGCUGCGAGAUGGCUGCCCUAG